AUGACUGAAUGUGUGGCGAACGCUCUGUCCUAUUGCCACAAAAGGUGCAUUAUCCAUCGUGAUCUCAAGCCUCAAAAUAUUCUACACAACGGAGAAGGAAUGUACAAAGUGUCGGACUUUGGAAGUGCGACCGACGAACGGCACAGUACGUUCUGCGGGACGCAGGGAUACAUCGCACCUGAAGUGGUCACUCGUUCGAAACAGACCACAGCCCUCGAUUGUUAUUCGCUUGGAAUCGUCAUCCAUCAAUGUUCUCAAGGGAAACUGUCAUUCCAGCUACCGACGGAACACGUAUCUGACUACAUGGUCUCGAAAUGCAAAUACAAUCCACCUGUCACGAUGAACCUGAGUAUCAGCGAGCUCACACAAAUGCUCAUCAGAAAAAGUGCGGAAGAGAGAUGGACGGCUGAUCAAGUGCUCGGCAGUCAGCUCAUUACGGACUAUCGCCAUCAUACACAAAAUGAUGUCUACAAGCGGGAGCAUCAACUCAUCUAA